AUGAAUGUCACCCCAGGCCAGGCUCACACGCCUGCUUUCAGGAGAGGCACCGAGAAGAUAGACAACCAAAGGAUCUCCUUCCUCGGCAUGACUGUACAACAAGUCAAAGCUGAACUUAUUACACAGGCAGACGAACACGACCGCACCUUGGCUACUAAUAAUCUGCAGGGGAUCAGCAAAAGUGCAUUGCUCAAACAAUCAUCCGAAAUUCGACAAAGCAUCCUUGAACUUGAUAAGUUAUCAGAUCACACAGAACUCCCUCCCGCCACCCUCAAACGACUCGAGGCAACAGUCAACGAGUCUUACAACAUGAAAGGAGGAUUGCGACCAUCACCCUUUGACACAGACGUUACCCGACUUUUGCCUUCUGCACCAGCACACACCAGUCCUAGUAAACAACGAAGCAAGACAAUUGCGCAAGGGAGAAAACAUGCAGAUAUUGAGUUUGCCACUGAGAUUGGUCAGGGUCUGCUUAAUGAGGUCCGCAAACUGCAGUCUGCACUUCAGGAACGAGAUGAAACAAUUAAACAGCUCGAAAUCGCAAAGAGUGAGACAGAACGAGACCACGAGCUAAUCACAAAAAGACUCAAACAGCAUGAUAACGCCAAAGAGCGAUUAAAAGAAUCAAAUUGGAAUCUGGAGAUGGCCAACCAGGAACUGCAGGCCCACCUCAGGGAAGCCAACCAGACCAGUACCCGGGUCAAUGCAGAAUAUUCCCGUCUGGUCAAACAAUGCACUGCCUCUGCAGAACAAGUAGAACACCUCAAGGCGCAGGAAGAAAAAGCACGCACAUCCAUCGAUACACUCCGAUCUCGUCAUGAACAAGAUAUUCUCUCAUUUCGUCGUAAUGCGAGUGCAAAUCAGAGAGAACAGGUUGCUCUAAAAAAGCAGCUCGAAGCAGUCAAGACUGAACUAAAGAUUUGUGAAGCUAAACUCGCAAUAAAGAUUUCAGCUAGUAGUCGCACACCUAUUCAAGAAGAGCCAUUUGUGGAACCAUUUCCGAUCACCCCAGUAGAUCCACAACAGAAUGAAUUAAAGUCAAUUGGAUCACCUAGUCCUCCUACACACCACCAGGCUCUUGAAUCGGAGACGAUGAAACAAUCACUAUCCCAUGCCCAUCGCAUCAUUUCUAACCUCCGUAGUACCCUACACAAGGAGAAGCUCGAGAAGUUUGAACUUAAAAAGAUGCUCGCUGACAGCCAAGAGAAUAUCGAGCAGAUGCACAAAGAUAUGAAUGAUAUUGCUGCUACAACGACCACAACAACUCGUCAGCCCAGAAAGGUAGCAGUACGUCGACGGGGUGCCCGUCAGCCAAAGGGAACCAUCUCAUCUAGCAGCGCCAAUCGCAGUGAAGAUGAAGCAUCACCACUAACAUCAGCACCCGCAGCCACUGCAGGAUCCCUAACAGAAGAAGAGGAGGAUGAGGAGGAGGAUGAGGAGGAGGAUGAGGAGGAAGAAGAAAACCGCUUUGGGGAAUUUGAAGGGCUGGUAGGAUCUAUGCAGCCCUUGUCUUUCGAAUUGGAGAAUAAGAAGCCAUUGGUAGAAACGAGGGAUGCUGCCGUCAACACGGAUCGUGCAUUUGCAGCCCCUUUACCCCAAUCAAAAGCACCUAUUUCUGCCGAUUCAGCUGCCAAAGAAACGAUCGACGUUUAUUCAUCAACUCAACAGCCAAGUAUUCCUGUGCUGCACUCAGCAUUAUUGCAGGAAAUUGAAAAUAACAACAUACAUGCCAACCAAGUUUUAGAAUCCAAUCCCCCUAGCCAGUCUGUCCUGCCCACGGCUAACCUAGACACAUAUAAUAAUCAAGUAGAACAACAUAAAGCACAGCAACACAACCACUACACACAACAUCAAUCUCAUCAAUAUAAUAAUGAACAACAUCAAAAAGAACAAGAUAUUUCUUCUGAUAAUGAAGACCAGCGUACAAGAGAAUUUUCUGAAUCUACACCGCCAUCACUGGCAGAUGAACUUUCAGCAUUUGCAAUGAAACCGCUUGUAAGAGAAUCUUUGGCAGACGAGCUGAUGUCUGCUCACAGCCAGGCAUAUAUUGGAAGGACAUCAUUAGCAGAUGAGUUGAUGUCUACCCAUAGCCAGGCACCUAUCGGAAGAACGUCACCAGUCGAUGAUUUUAUGUCUAGCCACAGCCAGGAACCAGCUGAAAAAACUUCACUAGCCGACGAAUUGAUCUCUACUCACAACAAGACACUAGUUGAAAGAGGGUCCCUGGCAGACGAAUUGAUGUCUGCCCACAACCAGGCACCAAUUGAAAAAGCGUCACUAGCAGAUGAGUUGAUGUCCGCCAACAGCCAGGUACCUGUUGAAAGAGGAUCUCUGGCAGAUGAAUUGAUGUCUGCUCAUAGCCAGGCACCUGUCGAAAGAGAGACUUUAGAAGAUGAAUUGAUGUCUGCUCAUAGCCAACCGCCUGUCGAGACCGGAAUUUCGGCCAAUAAGUUGGAACCCACUGAAACAGUUCAGUCAACCGGCAUAGUACCAGUAUAUAUUGCAGAAAAAUUCGGUACAUCCACUUCUAUGCAGACCACAGUAGCUUAUUUGUCUGAAAAAUGCUUGGUCCCCGAAUCAAUUGAGCCAGUGGCGCAGAUAGUAACCUCAUCAACUGAACCAAAGGAAGUAUCAAACAUGUCAAUGGAAAAGGCUAAGACAUCUGUUGAGAUAACAGCUCUGGGCUCACCGUCAAAAUCUGAAAAAGUCGAUAAGGAUUUGGGAACUACCGAAAAUAUUAUGACUGAAACACCCCUUGUACAUAUUCAGCAAACAACAUUAGUACCAGCGCAAGCAUCAUUUAUAAAUGUACCAACUCCAGUAAUUCCAUCGUUGAGUGAACACAGCAUUGCUUCUCAUUAUGCUGAGCCUAUUGUUGAAGAAGUAAUCGCUCAUCCUCACCAAGACCAUCUUUCAUUUGUUGAACAACCUAUUUUAUCAUACUCUAUUGAACCCGAGUCGGACAUUGUCAGGCACAACAUUAUUGUCGAACCAAAGAAUACAGUACAUCUUGAAGAAUACUCGGCGUCACCUUACUUUGCUGAGCCUGUUUCUGCCAUAGCAUCAUCCACUAAAAACACACUGAAUAAUUUCUCUGUUGAAGCUGUCGGCGACCUGUCACACGAGACUGCUGCAGUAGAUGAAACAUCUGCACAGUCAAUACUAGCCGACGAUGAAUCUGAUAAAGAAAUUAUAGUAGAAACAAAGCGUGAUGUACAUGUAGUAUCAGCACAUGCUGUCGAAAACAACUCCGAAGAUAAUGAUGAAAUUCAUGUUCGUGCGGAAGAUGCUGCUGUACAUAAAUCACUCACAAACAUCACCGAAAUCGUGCCUGAAGAGCAAAAAGACAAUAAGAAUUACAAGGAUGAGAAAGAGCCGUCAGUUAUUUUAAGCCCUGUUAUUGAAGCAAAAGAAGUAGUCUUGCCCAUUCCCGCCGCCGUUGUAACCGCUGCACCCAUUGUGAAUGUGAAGGAUUCUUCUGCCGAAUCCCCUGUUCUUAUUGAUGAUGUUGAUAUUGACUCUCCUGUUAUUGUUGAAUCUGUCAAUUCUGAUGGUUUACCAGUGGUUAUCGUCAAAUCAACCGCUGAUCCAAUUGCUUCUCUUGUUGCAGUCGAAUCUCCUGAAAAUCUCCAAAUUGAUACCGAGAUGGCUGAAUUUGAUCUUUCCGAAAUAGAGACAGCUGAAGCUGAUGUUGAAAAUGAAGCAGAGCUAGAAAUGGAGAAAGAUGCUGAUUUAGAGCUUGAUACAGAAUUAGAGAACCCUAUUUUGCCCUUCAGACAUCCCCAUCGUUCGGCCGAUUACCCGUCUUCGCCUACCGCCCUAUUGUCUCCUUCAGAGAAAGCAGCAUUGAAACAAGGUCAUCGCUCAUAUGUUGUGUCAUUUGAUAAGCCUGUUAUUCAACGAGAGGAAAGCCCAUCUGAUUUUGAAUUUGUGGAAAAGGUCGAUACUUCCGAGAAGCAGCAGUUAGUCCAGAAUUUGUUUAAUACGUUGGUGACCACAUUGCCUACUCUUCCCCCCAAGGAAGUCACAGCUUUGUCUAAUUUGAUUGUAUCUUGGACACCCGAGCAGCAGGAUAUUAUGAUCUAUAGCCUUCGUCAGGCAACAGCUGUUGGUGAUAAUAUAAAAGAGAACGCAGAAGAGGAGGCAGAAGAAGAUAAUAUAGAGAAAGAGAAAGAAGAGUACAAAGAGGAAGAAGAGGAAGAGGAAGAAGUAUCAAUGCCUCACAGAACAGUAUCAUACUUGACGUCUACUUCCCCAUUGACACGCCAGUCUUCUUUAAGCACAGUAUCUCCAUCCGUUGUCCGCCAUCGUGUUUCUCCCUUUAAAAAGCAAAACUUUGUACCUGAUGUAGUCGUCUCGCCCGUUGCAACACCCAUUGAUACCCCUGCUCCUACGCCUGCGUUUGAAUCAAAUAGUCCUCUUGAUGAACCCGAUAUUUUAUCCGGUCCUCCCGGGACUGUCGAUAUUAUCACACACACACACACAGACAAUACUCACGAUGAUAAUCAUAGUAUGGACUUUGGUACAUUUGAUCUCCCAAGCAUCGGCGGGUUUCCUAUCAAUACUAGACAAAGAUCCUCGUCGUCAGGAACAGCCACAAGAGUAUCACCACCAACAAGAACAACAACAGCACCAACUGGCUCGGAUUCAUCAGAAGUCACUACAGAAAUUAUUAGAUCAACAGAAUUGGUAUCUAGCGAGCGAUCUAAUUCUGAGGAAGGUAUAGAGAUGAUUUCACGAGCCGAAGCCGAUUUGUUAGCCAACCGUCGUGUGGUAGAAGCUCUUGCUCAUGAGCGCGCCGAGGUUGCCCGUCAACAUGCUGAUGAGAUAAACGCAUAUGCAGGUAGAUUGUCACCUCUUCAGCCAUCUCGUCAGACACCAAUAGAUCAACCUACUGUCGAAAGAUCCAUGUCUACUUCGCGUCUGGCACGCUUAUCUGGCCUGGUACGUCCACAGCCUAGUACAUCUAUGCCUGCUCACCAACAUGGUCGUACUCUUAAGUCUUCUACUUCUAUGAUCUCUCUGCGUUCUGAAUCGUCUCGCAAAGAUAGUAUUUCCAAGAGACACCCUGAUUCUAUCGAGUCAAAAUCUGGAUCUUCUUCCUAUGGCAGCGUUAGAAUUAUGGAGCAUCGAAAGUACCAGCCUAACCAUUAUUUGGCAUCCUCUACAUCUAUUGGAGAUCAUUCUCGCCCGUCAAAACAGAUACAAAAAACUCGCUCAACUGCUUCUCUCUCCACAAUGUCUUCUGAUGAUGUAGUUGAGCGCAUGGUUCAUAAACCCAUGUCUGAUGCUACAAAUUCUAACGAUCCUGGUACUGAUAUUGAUGUUAUUUCAGCUAUUACUCGCACCAUGAUCGGUGAAUGGAUGUGGAAGCACACUCGCCGUCAUGUAGGCGGUGGUAUAUCAGAGAAUAAGCACAAGCGAUUUUUCUGGGUUCACCCAUAUACUCGUACUCUUUAUUGGAGUGCCACUGAGCCUGGUGUUGAUAACAAUGAAGCCAAGGCUAAGAGCGCUUUUAUCGAGGCUGUAACUUCUGUACCAAGCCGUGAUCAAGCGAAUUGCUCUCCUAUGAGUUUAUUGAUCAAAACUACUAAGCGUGAUCUCAAAUUAACGGCACCUACAAUUGAUCUUCAUGAUUUGUGGUUAAUGUCACUCUCCUAUUUACUCGUCCGUCCAGGCAGUCAAGAAGACAGUGGGGCAAGUAUGAUGGAAGAAUCAAGUAUGGACGAUGGUCAUCGCUCACAACAUUCAUUGGCUGGUGAAGACUCAGACGAUUCAGAAGACCUGGUCAAUAUCCGCUCUUGUUGCGAUGGCAAGCACGAUCUUUCCACCCUUAGGCGCGACUCCCACAACCAUCAUCACCAGUAA